AUGCAAUCGACACUUUCUCUUCAUCCCGCAACUUACUUCUUCAAACUCCUACUGAUCCAGGCUAUUGUGCAAAGCCUAUUGAUCGCACUCAUACCCAACGUUAACGCGCAGGCUCUUCAAGUCUCCUCUGGCCGGAAAACGCCGGGCCUUUCGCACUUGUUGUACGCCCGCCGCCCAGCCGAUCCGCGUGACCCACUCCAACCGUACGAAUGCGACCGGAAACCACUGAGUCCUGAAACCUGGAAAGAACUCAGAAUUGAUGACUACCUUAGAAAUUACCCGGGCGGACUGCAAGUAAACCUAACAGUGUUUGCCGCUCAAAAUAGCGCCCUCAACUUCGAAUGCGGCUUGAAUCUGUUUUGCUCAGCCGGUCAGCUCUGUUCUCCUAUCAGCGGCAGGGCAUGGUGGGUGCUAGCGGCUGCAGAGCAAUAUACCAUGUAUCAUGAUUCCCUCUACACUGCCAUCGCCUUCGCGGCCGGUCAAACAAAAGCCAUUGGAGCCGAGCUUGUAAAUGAUUUGUACAAACAAGAUGCCAAAAGGAAAUUUCAACUGUUCCAAGAAAUAGCAAUGAUACUCACCCUGAUCAUGUCUGUCGUGGCCCUCAUAGCCGGUGUAGUAACGGCUGCCGGUGGGGCAAUAGUGGCAAUCGCACAAGUCACGAUGAUCAUGAAAGCACAAGCCCAAGAGCUUCAAGCCGGCAAACAAGACACGUUCACCAAGUGGGCUCAUUACGAAGAUCAAAUUUCACACUGGCAACAAAAUGCCCAAACAAAGAUCGGUGAGAGAAUGAAGGAAUUCAUUGAAUCUCCUGUAAGUAGCCCCAAAGGUCUGCUUGGAGCCUUGGCGGGUGGCGAUUACUGUUGUAACAACCAAAAACUGGAUUCAAUUGACUUGGAACAAAAAUUGUCUCGGAUUCUUACCAUCCAAAUGGCCGGUCAGAUACUUCGGGCAAAGACUUAA